GAGCGGUUCUUGAACGCAAACUCAGAAUUCCAUUUCCAAUUAAUCGAACACAAGCAGAAGCUCCGGUUUUCUGCGAAACAAGCUUCAGCUUCAAUCUUCUUUGCCGUCUGGAUUUCUAGGUUUCGCAUGGACGCUGUAUACGAAUCACCGUCUGGUUUGGAAUCGAAGGAGGAUGAUCCGAUGAUAGUAGAUGAUCUCAAUUCUACGGUUCUCGAUCUCACCAGCUUUCAGCUCCAUGACCUGGACUCUAUUGAGUUGCCUUCGAGUUUAAUGGAAUUGGACCUGACGGCAAAUCGACUUUCGAGUUUGGACUCUCGGAUUGGAGAGCUCUCGAACCUGAAGAAGCUCUCUCUUCGUCAGAAUCUCAUUAAUGAUGCUGCGGUUGAAUCGCUUUCUCGCUGGAACGCUCUGUCAGGUCUCGAGGAACUUGUUCUCAGAGACAAUCAAAUGACGAAAAUUCCUGAUGCGAGCAUAUUCAAGAGGCUUUUGGUAUUUGAUGUUUCUUUCAACGAAAUCACUUCGUUACAUGGCUUGUCCAAGGUCUCCGAUUCACUGACGGAACUUUAUGUAUCUAAGAAUGAAGUUGUUAAAAUGGAAGAGCUAGAUCACUUCCAUCAGUUACAGAUUCUUGAGCUUGGUUCCAAUAGACUGCGGGUAAUGGAGAAUUUGCGAAACUUAGUGAAUUUGCAAGAGCUAUGGUUAGGGCGUAACCGGAUCAAGGCAGUAAACCUUUGUGGACUAAGAUGUCUCCAGAAAAUUAGUCUGCAAAGCAACCGUUUGACUUCAAUGACAGGAUUUGAGGGAUGUAUUGCUUUGGAAGAACUAUAUCUGAGCCAUAAUGGAAUUUCAAAAAUUGAAGGCAUUUCAACGUUAGUCAAUCUUCGUAUUUUGGAUGUUUCAUCGAAUAAGCUAACGAGUGUGAGUGGCACUGAAAAACUGACACGUUUAGAAGAUUUAUGGCUUAACGACAACCAAAUUGAAUCACUUGAAAGCAUUUCUGAGGAUGUUGCAGGUUCAAGAGAGAAACUGACGACCAUCUACCUUGAGAACAAUCCAUGUGCAAAGACUCCCAACUAUUUUGCCAGACUAAAACAGAUUUUCCCAAACAUACAGCAAAUUGACUCGGAGAUCUUUACAAAGGACUUUUGAGAGUACACUGCAGCUUCUCGUGGACAGCCAUAAUAUACAAGUCAAUUAUGGAUAAAAUGCCGAGGAGACUUUAUUCGUUUGUGGACUUCUGCCCUGCUCUCUUUUUAAGGUUGUGUGUUAAAUAAUUAGUACUUAUUUAACCAAAUUUUGCAUGUUAUUUGGAGUCCAAAAAUUUGUUUGUGGAGUUUGAAUUUGGAGUUCUAGAGGUAUUUCAAUGUUCAGUGGUCUAGUUCCAAGUA